CUUCCACUUCCUCUCUCUCUUAUUCACUCUCUCUAUCUCAUCGAACUCAUUUCUCUUCAUCAAAUUCGCUGGAGACCUCCAAAUGCCGCUCUUCUCCUCCAACACCGAAUCCGCCAUGUCUGCUUUUAGGUCGCGCUUUGGCUAUGGCCAAAUUCACCACCCUGACUUGGCCGAAUCGGCAACCCCCGUCAUGAAGAACUCCGCCAGCACUCCAGAUCUGACUCUCAGAUCAGCUCGCAGAGAUAAUUAUGUAUCCGAAGAUGGCGAAACCACCUCGGCCGCCCCCGCUACUGCACGCAGUUUCGAGUUCGGUCUCGACCCUAAUUUUUGGAAGGACCACAAUGUUCAGGUUAUUAUUCGGUUACGGCCUUUGAGCAGCUCCGAGAUAUCUGUUCAAGGCUCUAACAGAUGUGUUAGGCAGGAUAGCUCCCAGACAAUUACGUGGACGGGACAUCCAGAAUCCCGAUUUACGUUUGAUAUCGUUGCAGAUGAAAGUGUUAGCCAGGAAAUGCUGUUUAAAGUUGCUGGGAUUCCAAUGGUGGAAAAUUGCAUGCUAGGAUAUAACAGCUGCAUGUUUGCUUAUGGACAAACUGGAAGUGGCAAAACUCAUACAAUGCUGGGAGACAUUGAGGGAGGAACUAGGAGACACAGUGUUAACUGUGGGAUGACACCGAGAGUUUUUGAGUACUUGUUCUCCAGGAUUCAAAAGGAUAAAGAUGCUCGAAGGGAGGAAAAAAUAAAAUUUACUUGUAGAUGUUCCUUCAUAGAAAUCUACAACGAACAGAUUCUUGAUCUUUUGGAUCCCUUAUCUUCUAAUUUACAGAUAAGAGAAGACACUCAUAAAGGUAUCUACGUAGAAAAUGUCACUGAGGUAGAAGUCACGAGUGCUCGUGAUGUUAUCCAACAACUCAUUCAGGGUUCAGUCAACAGAAAGGUAGCUGCAACAAACAUGAACCAUGCUAGUAGUCGUUCUCAUAGUGUAUUCACAUGCGCCAUAGAGAGUAAGUGGGAGUCUGAGGGGGUGACUCAUCACCGGUUUGCACGUCUUAAUCUUGUGGAUUUAGCCGGAUCUGAAAGGCAAAAGAGCUCUGGUGCAGAAGGUGAACGUUUGAAGGAAGCUACUAAUAUCAACAAGUCUCUUUCUACUUUAGGACUCGUGAUAAUGAAUCUCGUGAGCAUAUCCAAUGGGAGGACACCUCAUGUUCCUUACAGGGAUUCCAAGCUCACUUUUUUGCUUCAGGAUUCUCUUGGGGGAAAUGCAAAGACAAUAAUCAUUGCAAACAUUAGUCCCUCGACUAGCUGCUCGCUAGAAACUUUGAGCACAUUAAAGUUUGCCCAACGUGCCAAAUUUAUAAAAAAUCAUGCUAUUGUUAAUGAAGAUGCUUCUGGUGAUGUGCUGGCUCUUAGGAUUGAAAACCAAAACCUCAAGAAAGAAGUAUCUCGUUUGAGGGGCCUAGUAAAUGGUGGAGCUGAAAGCCACGAUGGAGAUGCUCUAUCAAUAACAUUUCCAGGAUCUCCAGGAACCUUUAAAUGGGAUGGGCAACAAGGAUUUUCCAGUCCAAUUGUAUCACAGAAAAAGAUGUCACAUAAAAAGGAGUAUGAAGUUGCUCUUGUUGGAGCUCUUCAGAGGGAAAUUGACAAGGACACUGCGCUGCAGUCCUUGGCAGAAGAAAAUCAAGCAGCUCUGCAGCUGGCCAAACAAAGAGAAGAUGAGGUUCAAGGUCUGAAGAUGAGAUUGAAAUUUCGAGAAGCUCAAAUAAAGAGACUAGAAUCUGUUGCUUCUGGAAAGAUAUCGGCUGAGACUCACUUGCUCAAAGAAAGAGAAGAGCAUUUAAAGGUAAUAGAGGUCUUGCAUGCUCAGGUAGACCGUAACCAGGAGGUAACAAGAUUUGCUAUGGAGAAUCUGCGACUGAAAGAAGAGAUCAGAAGACUAAAGUUAUUUUGUGAGGAAGGUGAACGGGAAAGACUUCAUGAACAGAUUACAGUACUAGAGAAAGAGCUACGAGAAGCUCUUGAUUGGAAACUUAUGCAUGAGUCGGAUUGCACUAACAGUCAGAACGAAAUCAAUGAUUCAGUAUUGGGCACUCCCAAUGCUAAUAACUUUUUGACUUCCAAUAAGGAAUCAGCAUCACCCUGGCGCACAUCAAUGAGUGAAGAGAAUGAGUUCUUGCGCAUGCAGGCCAUUCAAAACCAAUCAGAGAUUGACGGACUUCACCGAAAAAUUGACUACCUUGUUGGUGAGAAAGAAAAGUUAGAAAGGAAUGUUGAUGAGUUGGUUAAAGAGCUCAAGGCCGAGCAAUUGUCAAAAGAAGCCAUAGUAGCUGAGGCACAGAAACAAGAACCUAGAGUUCCUUCUCUCGUGAAUGUGGGUGUAAGUGAUCAAAUAGAACUAAAAACUAUGGUUGAUGCCAUUGGAGCAGCCAGCGAAAGAGAAGCAGAAGCACAUGAAAUGGCAAUUUUCUUGUCCAAAGAAAAUGAUGAAUUGAAGAUGAAGCUCAAGGUCUUGAUUGAUGAUAACAAUAAACUGAUUGACCUGUAUGAAAAGGCAGUUGCAGAAAACCGUACAAAGAGCUCUGAUGGUUCUGAAAUCCCUUGGCAAGAUACCACAGAAGAUCACAGUGAUAACACUGCUAAAGUAGAUGAGACCAGGGGAGUGGAGAUAGAGGCAGAGUUUGAAAAGCUAAAAUGUCAACUUACAGAAAUGCAUGAAGAAAAUGAUAAGCUUUUGAGUCUAUACGAGAAUGCAAUGCUAGAGAGAGAUGACCUGAAAAAAGUAAUUGCUUCUGGCCAGGUGAAGCAUGCAGAUGAUGAAGGAGAUAAUAGCUUUCCAGAAAAGCUUGUUGAAGUCGAUAAAGGUCAACGUCUUAGUUUUGGUGCAGCUUCAGGUUUUCUUGAGAAUGUACACGAGCUAAAGGAAGUGGAGUCCAAUGAGCUAAAUGCAGAUAGUGUAAAUGCGGACAUUGAUGUAGAAUCGUGCUUAUAUGAAGUGCAAGUGCAAGAUGAGCAUAACCUAUGUUUCAUAGACUCACCACUGCACGAAUCAAAUGAAGCAAAUACAGUGUCAUUCGAAGAAGUCAGGAAGAAUUAUGUUGUAGAACCAAUUGAGCAGGACGAAAUGGAAAUAGAUGAGCCAAGAAAACUUGAAGAACAAGAAGAAAGUUGUAUGUUGGGAUUUGAAGAAUCAAAUUGCAUGAGCCCAGGGAAUCCAACUGCUGGAAUCCAACCUAAUACAUUCCCAAUGCAUGUGUGUGAAGAUCUGAGGUCAAUAGGUAUGAUGCUUGCAGAAUCACGAGAAAAGCUUUCAUACUCUGCUGAAGCAGUAAGAAUUUUUGGCUCAUUUGAGAGAGCAAUGAUUGAAGUUGAUACUCUUGCAACACAGAUUGGGAAACUGGAAUGCAGUAAACAGGCUAAACAACAGGAGUGUCAACACCUACAAGCACUCUCAUCAAAGCUGCAUGAGAGAGAAGAACUGGCUCACAAGAAAUUGCUGGCCUUGAAGCACUCUUUGACGAACUUCUCUUCUUCACUGAGUUACUUUGAACAGCGCGAGGCUAUGGCACGUUCAAGACUGGAGGUUUCUACACAACAUCUUAGUCGAAGAAAAGAGGAGUUAGCCAGCCUUCAGACAUCCAGGCGGGAACUAGUAAAUGCCCUUUCAAAUAUGAAACAAACUGAGAAUGAACUGAGAAGCAUCAGAGAAAACUUGAAACAGAAAGUGGAUGAGGAAAAUCAGAAACUGGAAAGUGAGAGAGUUCUCUUUGCAAUAGAUAAUGUUGAGAAACCAGCAAAUGACCUCUCUAACAGAAAUUGGCAAGUGACAGGCAAAGCCACUGCUUUGCUCAAAUCUGAGGAAGAGAAGAAGAAUCUGCAAAAUCAAAUGAAACUCAACAGAGAAAAGCUGAGCGAUGUAAGGAAGGAAUGUGAGGCUAUGAACUGCAAGCUGGCCAAGGUGGAGAGUGAAAUACAGAUGCUUGAAGCUGAAGUGCAGAAAGAAAAGCUCGUUGUUGAUGAAAUGAACCUCAAACUUCAAAACUCUCUUCGGGAGAAAGAAAUGCUUGUGGAGGUUAAAGAAAGUGGUAAACAUGAACUUGAAAGCAUAGUAGCCGAGUACCAUCAGAGUGUUUUCGAAGCAGAACUGAGAGAAGAAGAGAUCAAAAUCGUGCACGAGGAGCUGUUGAGAGAAGCAAGAGAAGCAGAAGGUUUGCAGAUGGCAAAAGACGAAGUAACACGAAGAAAGACAGAACUGGUUGAAGCCAUGUCGCGCGACACAUGCUUAGUGUCGGAUAAUGUGGAGGCAGCUCUUGAUAGUUUACAAACAUCAGUUGUAGAGUUGAACUCUUUGCUUCAACAUCUGUGUUAAUGAACUUCCUUUUCAAUCUAUAUGAAUUUGGCUUGUCUGGAAAUGUCAUUGAUCAGUGAAAUUUCUAACUUUGUUGGACAA